CAGUUCUAGUCCGGCAAGAUAAGCUGUUUCAGUGUUCCAAAAAAGUCCCUGGCGUCUUCAGUUUCUGUUCUAGUAACUCAAACAGCUCCAUAAUGAAAUCGUUCAUCGUGAUCGCGCUCGCCCUAGUCGUGGCCGUUGCCGCCCAAAACAAGUACACCUCCAAGUACGAUGGAAUCGACAUCGACGAGAUCCUCAAGUCCGAUCGGCUGUUCAGCAGCUACUACAAGUGCCUGCUGGACCAGGGCCGAUGCACACCGGAUGCCAACGAGCUGAAGCGAAUCCUGCCGGAAGCCCUGCAGACGAACUGUGCCAAGUGCAGCGCGAAGCAGCGCGAAGGAUCCACCCGUGUCAUCAACUAUCUGAUCGAAAACCGCAGCGAACAGUGGAAGUCUCUGCAGGCCAAGUACGACCCGGAGAACAUCUACAGCAACAUGUACCGCGACGAUGCCCGCGCCCGUGGAAUCAAGCUCUAAGAACCGCGACCGGAGCCCCGAACUGACCCUAGAGACGACCAAAGUUCCAUAGGCACACAUACGUGUUUAGUUGUAUGAAUAUACGAGCAAUUCCUGCUCGAACACGUGCGGAAACGAAAUUGAAAGCCGU